ACAGUCUUUACUUUGGAAUCCGAGGAGGAAGAGUACCCUGGGCUCAUCGCAGAGGACAGUAAUGACAUCUACAUCCUGACCAGUGACAACUCGGGACAGGUGAGCCCCCCAGAGUCCCCCACGGUGACCACGUCGUGGCAGUCGGAGAGCCUGCCCGUCUCCCUGUCAGCGAGUCAGAGCUGGCACACGGAGAGCCUGCCGGUCUCCCUGGGACCCGAGUCCUGGCAGCAAGUGGCCAUGGAUCCCGAAGAAGUCAAAAGCCUGGACAGCAAUGGAGGGGCGGAAGAGAGGAGUGAGAACAACUCUUCCAACUCGGAUAUUGUUCACGUGGAGAAGGAGGAGAUACCGGAGGGGAUCGAGGAGGCAGCGGUGUCGGCCGCCGCAGAGACCGUGCAGGCGGCGCUUCCAGAAGCCCCUGCUGCUUCCCAGGAAGUGAGUCCUCCAGCGGAAGCUGCUGCCGGUGGAAAAGCACAUCCCUCUGCACUGCCCCGCGCCAAGCAGGAGGAGAAGGGAAAAGCGCCCGAAGAGCUUGUUGAACCUGAAAUCCCCGUACUAAGUAAACCUGUCCCAAAGUUAGCCCUGUCAGAGGAAAAGGCUGCACCAGAACCCGAGAAAAUACUGCUUCCAGGGGAAAAAAAAGUGGGGAAAGAGGGUCGUUUGGAAGAAAUAGAAGAGAAAUCCUCGGCCACAGAGGAGAAGCCUAUCCUGUUGCCGGAGGGGAAAUCUAUGCUGCUGUACGGCGGUGCGGCCGCAGUGGCAAUACUGGCUGUGGCCGUCGGGGUGGCGCUGGCGCUCAGGAGAAAGUAGGGGCGCUCUCUUGAAAAGGAAGAGAGAGAGAGAGAGAGAGAGACCGAUCCCAUUUUUGUAGUUGUGUUACCUAAAGGUUGAGCUGCCUGCUGUUUAACGGGACAUUUCAGUAACUUCAUGGUGAUGGGGUGAGGUCGUUCAGUUACGCCUCCCGCUGCGGACAAUCAUGUUUUUAGUAGAACUGGGGUGGGGACUGGUUUUUCGUGAUUAAAGUACAGGGGUAUUUUUAACAAAAAAUAAUAAAUUCUGCAAA